AGAAUAACAAGAACAUAGCGUUAGAAAGACAUACCUCUAAUCUUAACCUUGCUUUGCUACCGAUAGAGGAGAGCGGAAAAACGCGGAAGCAAAUCGCGGUGUCAAAGAACAGAAAAAGCGCUGGCUGGAAAUCUUACGUAAGACAAUACGCGCGACGCGCUCACCCGCCCACCGCCGCGUCUUCCCCUCCGCACACGUCGCUUACAUCGGGGCGCGCAUUUCUCUUCCCUUCCUGCCUUCAACCACCACCAUCUCCUCGAAUUUUGCUGGGGGAUAACUCUUUUUCCGGAAGACGCGAAAGAACUAACCAUGACGACCCCAUCGUCGUCGACAACAACUCCAUCGCCGCAGCUGCGGUACAUGCAGUCUGGCGCGGCGAUCCCGCCCCAGACAGUCGCAACGAAUGGCAUAGAGACAAGCGACAGAGAGGAUAGGGAAAGGGCAGUACAGAAGUUCUUGGCGAGGGCUGAGCUAUCGAAGCUUACCCGUGGUCUACGAACGCGACUAACGUACGCCACCUAUAAAGCGACGCAUAAUCUGGCACACACCACGCUUCACGACCUCGAAGCAAAGACUGAGAAUCAACCAACGCUUUAUCGUACGCCAUCCGGAAGGAACAAUAAUUACUACAAUAACCCCGCUACUCAGGGAAACAGCGCCAUGAUUCCAGCUUCCACAUCCAGAACUACUCCUCGGAAGGGUACCAUGGCGCCACCUCCCCCUGUUACCGCAUCCGCUACCCAAAGCUUGUUUGCCUCCAUACUCGCACCGCCACCUGCCAAACGGGCGCGGACUAUUCACAAUCCUCAAGAUCCCCCUGUUCCCCCUCCUGCAAAACCAAAGCCAGCUUCGCCACCUAAGAAAACUCCAAAGGGAAAGGGCGCUGCUGCAAACGCCCAGCAAAAGCCCAAGACUCGAAAGGAUGACAAGGGUAAACGCAAGGAAUCCGGAGGCCGCGCGAUUAAUCGUGUUCCUUCCACAAGUUCUCAGAACGUAAUGGUAGAUGAAGAGAUGGACAUAAAAGCUGCUACCGCGCUCACAUCCUUACUGCGAUCUCGUCCAUCAAUGUCAGCCGCGACUUCAUCGCCACGGUCGAGUAUAUCUGCUACCUCUGAUCCAGGAUCAUUACAUUCCUUUCCCCAUUAUGCGCAGAGCUCGGCUAGGACAACCACCGCCCCUGCAUCGGGUUUAUCAUCGAAUGAGCACUCAUUCACUAUGCCCUAUGGGCGCUCGACCCCGCCUCCUAUGUCGCAGAUGCAAAGUCACGUUCGGGAUAGCGAUAUGCGGUUUCAUGGGAACAGUACACCUAAACCUCAGGGUCGUCCUCAAAGACGUCCCGGAGAGCCCUCGACGCCUCAAGCACCCAGUGAUACCGAGGCCGCUGAUCUGAUGUUAUUUUUGGCGACUUCUCCGUCGCCUGCACGGCUUUCGACCGCUAGAGACAAGGAGGCAAAGAAUAUGGGGUCCUUCCGUAGUCUCAGCGGGAACAACGCGUUGCAAGGACGCGUAUUGUUUUCCGGAGGAGAUGACCGACAAGGUCCUGGUCCCAGACCUCUCCGACGUGAUUACACGGGGAGCUUUAGUUCUACCCUGACGGUAGCUACUGAGCCUACGAGCGAGGCGGGAUACCACGCUGGAACCAGCGAAGACAGCAUCAUGCGUUCCCCUUCCCCUCCUAGCAAACCGCCAGGUCAGCAGCAUGACGAACCAAUGCAUUUGGACAUUCCUCAGAUGCCUACCAUCACGCCACCUACUCCGACUGAUCAGCCUCCCCAGCAUAUGCCGGCACCUCCACCUACGUCAACGAGUGCCGAAAUUAACACCGUGCAAAUAGAUCCUUCGUCUUCGACACAAGUUGCAUCUUCCGCAGACCAGAGACUCUCGAUGCCCGCUCCUCCAACGCCAGGCUUCAGUUAUCAUGAUUUCUUGAACGUAUCUCCCUCCCCUGCUGUGGCAUUAGGGUCCGCAUCACGCCUGACAGGACGAAACUCAGAGAUAGGAAGACGUUUAUUUGAAGAGCAUUCUGCGGUGCCUGGAAACUCUCGGGAUGGAAUGGCAGGUCACAGUUCACCUUUAGGCGCAGGCAUUGAUUUGGUCAAGAGCUGAGACCUCGCCGUCGGAUUCCUGUUAGUCUCCAUCAGUAUGGCAUCGCUACCCCCGGAUAUUCUUGGUUUCGUCUUCUCUCACUAUGAAAGCCCGGAAGAAUUUUACUCAAGAUGUACGACGCCAACGCAUAUUCCCCAGAUGUAGCACAAGCUGAUCGUCAACUGUCUCGCACUUUAGGGCCCCCAGUUAUUUAUCCGACCCCUUCUGAUUCCACGUAUACGCUCCGCAUCAUCCCUCACUCCCUUCCCGUGUCCCUUUGUCUCGCGACUUUGGAUCACGUUAAACCCUAACACUCACUCGUAUCAGUUCAAUGCUUAUUUAUUGGAUCAGUUGUAUUGGCCCAAGACGCUUGGACGGUUUUCAUUCAGUGUAGCCGGCCUCGUAUUUGUUUUCUUCUCAUUCCUUUCUGGCAUUUUUGGUGGCAUAUAUGCGUUCGUUGCUUCGAUCUUGUAUAUACUUUCGUAGUUUUCGCUGUUUUGGUGAUGUAGCGGGUAAUGCUCUAACGUCUUUUGUCGUCGCUUUCAUGAUCUCUCCUACUCUUACUCUUAACCAUUCAUCAUGACCUUUACGGCGAGCUCGUUUCUUUCCUACACACCAGUGUUGUACUAAUAUAUGGCAAACAGUCAAUGGUUUCCUUCUAU